GCUAGCGUUCAAUGUAACUGUGGUAAAAGAUCCCAAUGGCCAACUCCGGCAAAUUUAAUGUUUUACUUGGUUUAACUGGAAGUGUUGCAAGUAUAAAGGCUUCUCAGAUUGUAUCUUCAUUAAUUGACGAAAAGUUCAACGUGAAGGUUGUCGUCUCGGAGAAUGCGAAGCACUUCCUGGACAUACCGACAUUUCCCGUGCCGGUCAUUGACGACGCGGAAGAGUGGAAGGGCUGGAGCAAGCGAGGGGACCCUGUGCUGCACAUCGAGCUACGUCGCUGGGCGGACAUGAUGCUUAUAGCACCCUUAGACGCCAACACCAUGGCUAAAAUCGCGACAGGAAUAUGUGAUAACCUUCUCACAUGCGUUGUUCGGGCGUGGGAAAUGUCCAAGCCGCUACUGUUGGCGCCUGCCAUGAACACGUGUAUGUGGGAACAUCCGGUCACGCGGGAACAGCUGGUUCGCCUGAGGGGCUUGGGCUACAUCUACAUCCCUGUGGUGGAGAAGACACUUGUCUGUGGCGACUCAGGGCAAGGUGCAAUGGCUGAAGUUCCGACAAUCAUACAAACUGUUUGUGACGUCAGAGAGCGCCUCACUGCAAACGCCGGUGACAUUAUUGAAAUAAAAAAUGACGACAGAAAAAGGAAACAUGACGAUAAAGGUGUUGAUUGUGCUUCUUGACCAUUUUUUGAAACACAGACUGCAAAAUCAAUUAAAGUUGCACGUUUGCAUGCAUUGACACACACAGACGAUAAGUAAGUCUGCAGUGUUUCACACAACAGGCAAAACCAUGUUGUGUCGCCUGCGUAGAUAAAUAAAAGUAUCGAAGCUGCUGAAGUGUCGAUGUUCGAGAAAAUUGCUUGCAACCUAAAGGAAUAAUGGAAUAAAUGUUGUGAGGUUAGAAUAAACUAGGUGGCAAUCAGAAAGCGAGACGUAGCUUUACAGCGCCUUUAAUACACUAAAUUAUAAUUGUUUACAAGUUAGAUAGCUGCCCAACUAUCCAUGGAAUUAUUUCCGUCAGAAUCGAACUACCCAUGUGCUAACCCAAUAGAAAGAAAAAUUGAAAUACAUGUCAACAUUAAAAUACGUAUAUCUAUGUAUAUCAAUGCAAGAGAAAUAUGAAACACUGCAAGCAAGCUAGCACGUACUGUACAGUCUAUAACGACACCUGAAUAUAACGACAUUUUCCUCAUACCUUUAAUGUUGUUUACAAUGUCUAUACCGACAAAAAAUUGGAAGUAUGUGAUAUAUUAAGUGCCACUUUUUACAUAGUUAUUUUGCAAACACUCUGGUGCUGUUGCCAGAUUUAUAUAUAUGAACUGUACCAAAUAAAUUCAGCACGGAAUAUUUAUAUAUUUAUGAUUUAAAGAACAUUCUGAAAAUCCACAACACUGUUAUGUUUCAAGUUUCUCCAUGCGACCAAUUCGCAUUGAUAACAUUAACAAUGUGUAGAAGAUCCCAUGAGUAUAUAACAUUUUUAUUUGCUAUGUAUCUAAAUGACUUGGAAGAAACUUUAAUCAUGAAAGGCCAUGAUGGCAUUGAUAUUGGUAUGUUUAAACUAUAUCUCAUUUUAUAUGCAGAUGAUAUAUGUAUUUUUUCUGAAACGGAAAAGGGACUACAAACUGGUCUAUCCAUACUUGAAGAAUAUUGUAAUACAUGGAAGCUAAAAGUAAAUGUCAGUAAAACAAAAAUCAUGAUAUUUAAAAAAGGAGGGCGGAGAUUAGGUAACAUUAUGUUUACUUAUAACAAUGAAGAAAUUGAAAUUGUUUAUAAAUUUAAUUAUUUGGGAAUUGUGUUCACCACAGGUGGAUCUUUUAAUACGGCCUUUGAAAGUAUAGCCGGUCAAGCCAUGAAAGCAAUUUACACGAUGAAAUCGUAUCUUGUUAAAUUCCCAUACAUUUCUGUAAGUCACAGAUUAGAUUUAUUUGAUAAACUUAUCGACCCAGUGAUAUGUUAUGGUAGUGAAAUCUGGGAAUAUUCAAAUGCACCAGUCUUAGAGAGAUUAUACCUUAGAUUUUAUAAGCAAUUACAUGUACUU